CUAAAUAUUGCCAAUAAUACAAACACGUGAUUAACAUUUGUUUAGUUUUGUUUUGGUUUUGGGUGUAAACACUGUGUGUUAAGUCACCGGCAAAUUGACCGGUAAUUUCAUUGUCACCCACCCGACGGUAGCCGUAGCGGACAGUCAGUCAGAUGUCUUUGUGUAUAAAGUUUACCAACCGAUUGGUCAUUAGAUACCAGUGGCGGCGGUUGUGGUGUCAGUACAACAACAGCGGUGUCCACUUAUCGGCCGCCGCGAGAUCUGUUCAUCAGUUGUCACAAUUCAAGACACCGGCGACGGCGGCGGCGGCGGCGAUAUGUUGUCGACGACAUCACUGGAGGACAACACGGCAACCAUCACUAGUUGUUAUGAAGACAUUUAAUCGGUCGGUAAAGACUGGACAACCAGACGAUGGCAAACGAAAUCUAUUCAGUUGGAAGUCAUUCCUGAUAUCUGGCGGACUGUUUGCCGUAUUUAUGGCCGCAUUCUUACAGUUCAAACAGGAAAAGAUGCAAAAACUAGAGAAGGAUCGGAAACGAUCGCUCGGUCGGGCAUCGAUUGGCGGUCAAUUUGAACUCAUCGACCAAAAUGGCCGCCCGUUUCAAUCCAAAGACCUGUUGGGCAAAUGGUAUUUACUGUACUUUGGUUUUACUCAUUGUCCCGAUGUAUGUCCCGAUGAAAUCGAAAAAAUGGUCGAAGCGGUGAAAAAAGUCCGACAAAUGUCCGGUAUGGACGACAUCCGUAUGGUAUUUAUUACUGUCGACCCGGAACGGGAUACGCCCGAAGCCGUCAAAGGUUAUCUGAAAGAGUUUUCCGACGAGAUUAUCGGUUUGACCGGUAGUAAGGAUCAGAUAGAGGCGGCCACUCGGGCCUAUCGGGUGUAUUAUUCGGCCGGACCUCGCGAUCACGAAGAUGACUAUAUUGUCGACCAUACGAUUAUCAUGUAUUUGGUUAAUCCGAAAGGAGAGUUUGUCGACUAUUAUGGUCAGACAAAAACGGCCGACGAUGUCUGUACGGGUUUGGCCUUAAAUCAGCUAAAGUACCGAAAAGCUAACAAAAAGUUUGGUAUAUUUUGAUCAAUCAAUCAAUCAAUUAGUCAGUCAAACAAACCGACCGAUUGAUCAAUCAUUUAGUUCUUAAUUAGUUACCAAUCAUUUAGUUAGUAAUUAUUAAUUAAUUACCGAAUAAAUCAAUCAAAUUAAGUCACUUUUAUAUAUAUAUAAUUCAUCAAUGAUUU